GUGUGGUAGCCAAAAAAAAAAAAAAAAUGCUUGCACAUUCUGGUUAUAAUGCUAAGGAAAGGAGAGACACUCUGGUCUAUUUAAUGGCCGUUACUUUAGGGAGCAAGCACUCCUGUGGGUUUGUUCAGAAGUUCGCCUCUUGCUGCCAGGUCUGAUAGUUCUAAUGAACACCAGCACUCAUUUCUGGUCAUUUAUGCCAGUCACAGGUGGUUCUUUGGGCUUUUUUGCAUUCUUAUAUCUGCUUGAACGGAGUGAACUUGGAUCGCUUUGUAGGAAUUUGAAGAUUUCUCUGCAUGGUGAUUGAGUUUUGCAAGAUCUCUUAUCAUUGGUCAUCAUUUCUGCAGCUACUGUUGGUUUUCCUCCUUGGGCCCUUUGUGACACUUUUUGGAACCUGACUUUUCCAUUUGACUCACAAAUGUAAUCGUUGGAGAAGUAGCUUAAUUGAUAUCUUAAGAAGUAGGUCAAUCAUCUAUUAUGACUUUAAUUAGAAGAUUCCAGAGGCUUGCUUGCUUCCCCGUACUUCUGUCUCUUUAAAUUACAGAUUAUCCUAAUAAUUGGGGCCCUUUCAUUUUCUCUGGAGUAGCAGUGCUUGACGAUGUUUUGAGCGCUUUCGCAUCCAUGAUGCUAUUGAAUCCUCUCAACAUCCCCAUAAAAACUGCUCGGCCAGGGACCAUCCUUGGAUAUUUACAGAUGAGGAGGUCAAGGCACCCGUAAUUUGUGCCUUUCCCAGGUUACAGUGGUGCAUUAGCCGGAAGUGUGGCCCUCAGACCUGCCUUCUCAGCAUUGAGCCCUGGGAGGGAAGAACCGCCGGGCUCCUGGAAACAUGCUGAGAACACACAGAGCUUCCCCGGGCCUUUAAAGCUGUUCCCUGCUACCCAGCUUGCUUCAGUGGCCUGCCUGCCUGCCUGCCUUCCCUGCCCGCUAUGGCCGCCACCAAUAGCAGUGCGGGCAUCCGUUGGUCCAGACAGGAGACACGGACUCUUCUCUCCAUCCUCGGCGAGGCUGAGUACAUCCAGCGGCUCCAGACAAUGCAUCACAAUGCAGAUGUCUAUCAGGCCGUGUCUAGGCGAAUGCAGCAGGAGGGCUUCCGCCGCACAGAGCGCCAGUGCCGCUCCAAGUUCAAAGUUCUGAAGGCAUUGUAUUUAAAGGCCUGUGUGGCCCACACCACAAGUGUGGGGGAUCCACCGCACUGCCCGUUUUAUGAUACGUUGGAUCAGCUUCUUCGGAACCAGAUAGCGACUGACCCAGACAACUUCAUGGAGGCUGCUGCUUGGGCCAAGCACUGUGAUCAGAAUGUAGUGGCCUCUGACAAGUCAGGCGAAGAGGCAACCAGCAUUCGGGAAACGAAACAGGCUCAGGCAGCUUGUCAUCGGCGUAUUUUGCAAACAGUUAAUGAAUCAGAUGAGGAUUGUCACCUGAGAAUCAGUGACCAGACGGAAGAAGCCAGUGACCUUGAGGACUCCUGGGAUGAAUCCUCGGGUGCAGGGUGCUCUCAAGGGACCCCCAGCUACAGCAGCUCCCACCACCUUUUCAGAGGUGCAGUUGCUCCCUGUCACAGCAGUCCCGUGACCAGACUGGGUGUGUCGAGGGAAUCCAGUCCCUGCACCAGCACCAGCCGGAACCCUCUUGGGGCAGCCUCCUCCGCACCACAGCCUCCUGGCGCCUCUGCACGAGUUGCUUUACUCUCUGGUGGCGAUAGACCUCUGACCCGGGAGCCCUCCCCACGGUGGGCAAGACGAGAAAGGCGCUCAGUGGCUAGGACCAUUGCAGCUGAGUUGGCCAAAAACAGGAGGCUGGCACGAGAACUCGCCAAGAGAGAGGAAGAGAAGCUGGACAGGUUGAUCGCUAUUGGUGAGGAGGCCAGUGCCCAGCAAGACACUGCCAAUGAGCUGCGCAGGGACUCUGUCAUCGCAGUCAGACGCUUGGCGAGCGCGGUGGAAGAAGCAACUGGGGCUUUCCAGCUAGGGCUUGAGAAGUUGCUUCAGAGGUUGAUUUCAAAUACCAAAAGCUAGGAACUGACUGAAUGCACACCUUUCCCAGACUGGUACACGUCUAUUUCUAACAACCACAUUCUGGAACCUUCUGGGACCCUGGCUCCUUCUCCUUCAGAAAAAAAGGAACAGAUCAACUGUUAAUACACAGAAGAGUAGUGAGUGCCUUUUCCUAAGAUGUUCCGCUGAUGGAAACACCCUUGAGGGACGAAAGAGUGGCCUAGUAGAAACCAGAAGGACCCAAAUCCAGGAACUACCUUGUCCUGGCUUCCUCACAGUGUGGGGCAGUUUCCUUUACCUCUAUGAUGGACUCCUCAUCUUUCGAGAUCAGUAGUCAUUCCUGUCCUGCCUACCUCACAGGGUUGUUGUGAGGAUCAAGUGUCUUAUAGAUGUGAAAAGGCUUGAAAGUUUCAAAGCACUAUACACGUGCAAGGUACUAAUGCAUUUGCCCUUGGCUAAGGGGAGCUGGGUAAACACAGUCAUUUACACCAUACACAGGUGUAGCGGUGUCCCGUGACCUCAUUGCUUGAAUCUAUUACUGUUUAAUUUGUUGGCCUCUUAGAUUGAGGUCCCCGCUUCGUACGUCUCUCUGUGGCUCACUAGACUAGGCACGAUUGCAUUCGUGUCUUUGUCUCUGACAGUCUCACUGCUGUAUCCCUGACCUGUCUACUAGCAAGCACUCCUUAAAUCCAGCCAGCUCCCCUCCUUCGCUUUCCUAGUUCCUGGUCUCUAGAGAGAAGAGCUUCUGUUUGAGCACUGUGGGAGGUAAAUGUCUCAUAUUGGUAGAUUUUGAUACGGUAAAAUAGUGACUGUUUUAUGAAGUAGAAGUGUAAGUAAAUUCUUCGCGUUUAGUAUUAUCUGAGGCUCUUUAAAUGCAUAAACUGUGUUCACCUCAUGGUUGCCAUUUGGACACGGAAAUAGCCUGGAUUAAUGCAUUUGCAUCUGUCUGUCUCCAACCUGCGUGCGCCCAUUGCCUUUGUUUCUGUUAGCGGGUGUCCUGUUCGGGCCCUACCAUGUUACUGAGGGCAAGCUGAGAUCCACAGUUACUUGUUUCCAAGUGCUAUAAACAAGAGUUGUUACGGUUAGUGUGUGUGAUGAAAGAGAACAGCUUCUUUGCCCUCAGCCUGAAGAAUGCAGGAAGUGGUGAAGGCCUCUGCCUGGAGCCUCUUUAAGCUCAAGGCCCGAGCAGGCCUACCUCCCUGACCCAGGUAGACUUCCUUGAGAGGAGGUGGUGACACUGAACUGGUUCUGAGUGGGUCUUGUAGAACUCUAGACUCACAGGUAAGAAGCUUGGGGAUUUAAAUGCCCUUCUGCCAUUCAGAAGCCAAGGAGAAAUGAGCAGAUGUGUUGGGAGAGGUUUGGGAUGUUGGAGUGGGACAGGGUCUGUGUGUGUGUGUGUGUGUGUGUGUGUGUGUGUGUGUGUGUGUGUGUGUGUCAUAUUGUUGUCAAGGGCUCAGUGGAAGCUAGAAAUUGGAAUUAGUAAAGGACAAAAAACAAAAGAAUGAACGGUGGGACCUCAUGGGACCAGGAGUAGGUGGCAGAGAGCAAGCUGUAGAGUGUGUGCUGUACGGUGUGUGCUGUACAGUGUGUGCUGUACGGUGUGUGCUGUACAGUGCUUUGGAAUCUAGCUGGACAGCCCAACUCCAGCCCUGCCACUGUUGUUGGCACCGGGUACGACACACCCUUUUUGUGCCUCGAUUUCUUCUUAUCUCCAAGUUGAGGAAUGUCUGCUACAUCAUUUUUAUAGUAUCUUUCAGUUCUAGAAUUUUAAAUAAUAUGGUAAAGGUAAAAAUGAAGAGCUAUUUAUAGUAUUUUUAGUCAGUGGCUGUUAAUGUGUGUUUGAAGUACUGUUUACGGUUGUAUUUAAGGCACCCUCUCUAGUGUGGACGUUGAUCGCUAUGCUGGCGGAAGCUCUAAGCAUCAUACCAGAUGGACACCACUGAUGCCUUUCUUUUCUUGAAGUGGAUAUAUAAGUGUGUGUUGCCUUUUGUUCGAGGCCAUGGUGUGUAAAGGUGCAUAUCUUUUGUAACCAAAUAAAGCUAAUGUAGGUCAUAGUAUCCUGGAGAAAGCAGAGAAGUACUUUAACAAGACCUAGGCCUAUGCCAUAAGGAUCUACGGUGGCCAUGUGUGGAAGGACAUCUACUUGACAUGGGAGACGGGCUAGAGCAGAAAUGGAGUUAAAGUUGAGGUCUCUAGAAAAUCCUAAUGGGCAGAGUAAACAAUUAAGAGAAUAAGCCUCAAGGUCCCAAGAGUUAACAAGAAAACAUGCACAACAGUCCAGGAGACAGUGCAUGGUGCAAGCCAUGUGCAGGAAGGCAGGCUGUAGUCCUGCCUGAGCUUUAGGCCUAACCCGUUACCUCCUCCAUCAAGCCUUUCACCAUUCCGUUACUCAGGUUCCUCCUCUAAAGUGGGAACUAAGCACCUACCUACCUCACAGGGGUGUUGUGAGGACCAGUGCAAAGAUGAACGAAGGUACAGUUAGAUUUGUAGACACGGGGUAUAACAGGCUGGGGAAGGACACCCCACCGCAUGUGAGUGCGGGUGUUGCCAAACCUGGGCCUCGACCACUGUAAGAGAUACAAGAAGAUAAAAAUAACAUGGGUAUGCAUUGCUGGUGAGAUGUUGUAGUGCAGUGGGAGAUUCGGCUCCUCCUGCAGGACACGGUGUGAAUGGGGGCUGUGCAGACCAGUCGCCCAUCUUUGUCAUGUAACUUACUCCUGCUGUAGACAAAUAAAGUUUUGACUUGUGUGUA